UGAAUCUUGUGUAGAGUGAGGGGACUUGAACUGAAGAAGAUGGCGACAAGCUCAGAGAGAGAAAUCUCCAACGGUGAUGGAAUCGAGCCUGUGAUAAUCGGGGGUAUGGUUUUGGAUGUUCAUGCCAUCCCUUCAAGUGCGCCACUUUCCGGAACCACAGUUCCCGGCGAGGUAUUGUUUAGACCGGGUGGCGUGGCAAGGAAUAUCGCCGAGUGCAUGUUCAAGCUUGGAACAAAGCCUUUUAUGAUCAGUACGUUAGGGCUCGACGGACCCGCGAACGUUUUGCUGAAAGAGUGGACGCUCUCCAUGCGAGGAAUUUUAAGACAUGGAGAUAUCGGUACUCCAAUUGUUUCCCACAUUUACGACACUAACGGAGAAGUUGCGGCCGGCGUUGCAAAUGUGGAUGCAGUUGAAAAGUUUCUGACACCCGAGUGGAUCCGGAGAUUCAGACACAACAUAAGUUCUGCUCCGAUUCUUAUGGUAGAUGCAAAUCUCAGCACUCGUGCUCUGGAAGAAUCUUGCAAGUUGGCUGCCGGGUUCCACGUUCCUGUAUGGUUUGAGCCCGUCUCAGUCACAAAAUCCCGGAGAAUCGCUUCCAUCGCCAAGUAUGUUACAAUCGUUUCCCCGAACGAAGAUGAACUCGUGGCAAUGGCUAACGCUCUCAGUGGCGAAGAUUUGUUCUGCCCAAUUAAACCCGAAAAAGACAAACUUUCACCUGAAGGUAUACUCUUGGCGAUGAAACCGGCCAUUCGGGUGCUCCUCGAAAACGGCAUUAAAGUCGUGAUAGUGACCCUCGGCUCCAAAGGAGCUCUGUUAUGCUCCAAGGGAAACCCGAAGAAGGCCCUGAAUAUUACCCGAAAGCUCCGUUUCCAUGGCAAAAUCUUCAAAAGGAUACAAACUGUAUGUUCUCCAAGCCGGUUUUUUGAUGCGGGGUUGGAUUACAGCCCGGGUUUUUUCACGAUGCAUUUCCCGACACUCCCUGCUACCGUUCUGAAGCUCUCGGGUGCGGGUGAUUGCCUGGUAGGCGGUACAAUUGCAUCUUUAACCGAUGGUUUAGAUCUAAUCCAGAGUUUGGCAGUUGGAAUUGCAACGGCUAAAGCAGCGGUUGAGUCAGAUAACAACGUUCCACAUGAGUUUGGCUUGGACCGUUUAUCCGAUGAUGCAAAGCGCGUCUUGUACGGGACGAAGAAUUUGGUUCAACAACGGUCGAUGCUGUGAAGGAUUUUGGCUCAUGAAUUGGCUCCUCCAUCUUUGGUUAAUUUGCAAUUUAGGAACUAAUCUUAUGAUUUUACAUUUGUAACCCUGUUGUAAAACAAAUUAUUUAUUUUGAAUUUAAGACAAUUAAAAUCA